UAAAGCUCCCCCGAUCGGCACAUUUCGAAUUUUGCUUCAGAUUUGGGUUUGUCGACGAUUCCAAUAUUCCCGAAGGAACAGCCGACGGCGAAUUUUCUCUUCGUUUGUUCGUCGUUAGCUGUUUUCGAGGAUUUGAGUCUUCGAAGUCAGAAUGGCUGAGGAAGCUCACCGAGUUACGCUGAAUGUUUACGACCUUAGUCAAGGAUUGGCGCGACAGCUCUCAACGACAUUUUUGGGAAAGGCUAUUGAUGGUAUAUGGCAUACGGGAGUUGUUGUCUAUGGGAACGAGUACUUCUUUGGAGGAGGAAUCCAGAGUCUGCCGGCUGGAAGAACUCCGUAUGGUACACCAGUUCGUGUGAUUGAGUUGGGCGAAACACAUGUUCCCAACGAUGUGUUUGAGAUGUACUUGCAGGAAAUCAGUCCUCGUUACACGGCAGAGACCUACAGCUUGCUCAGUCACAACUGCAACAACUUUAGCAACGAGGUGUCUCAGUUUUUGGUGGGUAAGGGAAUUCCAGACUAUAUUCUACAGCUCCCCAAUGAAGUUAUGAACAGCCCGAUGGGAGGCUUAAUAAUGCCCAUGAUACAAAACAUCGAGGCAACCCUGAGAGCAGGUGCUGUUCCUCAAGUUCCACACUUCAGGCCAAAGACACAGCCUUUUCAACCUUUUGGAAAAGAUGAAGGUCCAAGACUGGUCUCGAAACCCGAUAAAGCCAAGGAAGCCGAAGAAGAGAAACAUCGAAAGUCCGCCCCGUCUGCAGAAUCUGACCAAGUCCCACCUGCCAUGAAGCCGGCAGGACCCACUGAACAGAAGAUGAAGGACCCGUUGGGGGAUGCAAGGAACAAGGUUCAGGAAGAGAUUGGCCGUGAAUUUGCGGCUCUCAUGGCGGAAGGCACUCUCCGAGCCAGUGAGGCCGCCGCUCUUGCCACUAGGAGAGUUAUGAAGAAGUACGGCCAUCUUAAUGUAGCCAGUUCUUGACCUGUCGUCAGCACCAAACUCAAAUCAUAUACUGUGUUUAUAUACAUAUAUGUGUGAGAGACUUCGCGAA